AUGGAGCGUCCAGAGUAUUUACCCAAGACGUCAGAGAUUGGCUCUCUGACAGCUCAUUCCAAUGAGGACAGCCAGUUUGUCGGUAGUUCCAGCGGCGUCUACUUUAUAAACACAGUCAAGAGGGCCUUCUCAACUGGCCUCGAUGGACCAGGGUCUCCAGAGACAGAGUUCCCCACUGCUGAAGAUACAUUAGUCGGGGCAGACGACUCGCCCCGGCAUAAGAGACCUCGCGUCGCAGCUUCUAGCGCAAAUUCCGUCACCUCGCCUGGAGCGGGAGAGUCCCCUUUGCAGUGGAAAUAUGAUCCUCAAAUGGUGAGCUAUUUGGGUGAUGCCCCGCCAUUGGACCUGGCGAAGGAGCUGAUGAUGGCCUACUUCAAAGUGUGGCAUCCUCUCUUCCCCUUCCUGCAUGGGCCGACCUUCCUACAGGCCAUGGAGAGGUUUUAUUCGAGCACACAGGAAACAAGGCCAGGCGAGGGAAUCGACUCGGACCACCGAAGCGCCUGUUGGACGGUGAUCUUUCAAUGUAUAUUCAAUCUUGGAGCUCUACUUCGUCCUGACUUGGAGCUUCCGCCCGAAUGUCGAAUUCAGGCCCCUGGCAGCAUGACUGCUUUGUUGGGGAGCCUUUCAACACGACAUGACAUCACCACACUGCAGGCACUCCUUGCUGCACAGGUCUUCCUUGUUGCAAGAAUGUCGCUCAGGCCGGCGUCCACAUUCGGCGGGUGUAUCCUGCGGUCGAUGCUCCAUGCUGGAUUACAUCGUUGUCCCUUCCGCUAUGCCCAGCUCUCUUCGCAUGACCGGCAAUUACGGAAGAGGAUCUUCUGGUGUGCCUAUGCCAUCGAUAGAUAUCUGAGCCAGGCACUUGGCUUGCCGCUGGGUAUCCAGGACUCGGAUAUUGAUGUUUGUUUGCCGGCUGCACCGGAGAUGCACUCCCCGCCGCGAGUCAGAAGUUCGAAUGCGAUAUCGUCCACUUCAAAAUCAAUAGACGAGACUCUGCAUGCAGACGAGGGAGUUGCAAAUUUAUCUGAAGAUAGCGUCAUCUCUGCCCGGCCCCGUUCUGCGAGUACCGCACGUCGGGAGAGCCAUGUUGAGGAUCACCGCAAGAAGGAAAGCGUUCUGGCCAGUUACGUGGACUCUGGUACCCUUACGGGGCGAGCUCUGGAGCUAUUCCACAAAUCCAUUCUCGUUCGUUCAGUUUCUCGGAGUGCGGUACUGUUCUUGGUGACAGAUGUCCACAAGUGGUGGAAUAGCCUCCCUAUCGAGUUUCAAGGAAAGUCAGCAGGGCCUGACGAAGACUCGAAUACAGUGCUUACGGAUCAUCCAUUUGAUUUCGGACCCUUCUUUACAAUCUUGUAUCAGCAUCUUGUCUUGAUUAUCAAUCGACCUUCACUCUCAUUGGAUCCUUUGACUGCGGAAUUUUCUUCUGCGCUACAGACGUGCAUCGGCGCGGCCCGCGCCAUCCUUGCCGCAUUGAGGCUCCAACUGGCCAGCCAGCAGGCCUUUUUCUGGCCCGGAUUCUUGUCGGCUGCUUGGAUGUCCGGGCUUGUUUUAGCCUUCGCCUGUCAGCUCAAGCAAUACGUUUUGGGAAAGGGGUUGCAGGAGAUUGAGGAAUGCUCGGAAUUUUUGCGCCGCAUGUCUACUCAGUGGGAGACUGCAAGGCACUGUCAUUUGACUUUGUUACUGUUGUCCACCAAGAUAAAAGAAAUUGAGAACGAUCCAGAUCCAGGAAUGAGCUCACAUUCUUAUGCGCUCAGGAAUACGGAGAGGGCAAACGAUUCUCUGAAACCCCCGAGUCUACAUGAACAAGACCUUAGGGAAGCACAGGUUCUCAAGCCGAGCAGCCCCAUCCUACCGUCCCAGGAGCUCUCCGAGGAUCAGAAGGACCUGGGAUUGGUCUGUUGGCAUCUGAACAUCCAACAAAUUUUCAUGCGGAUAUACCAUCGACUGAGAUAUCCCCCACAUAUUCUGGGAUUCCAGAAUAUGGAGACGAACUACCUUGCUGGUGGUUCGAGCUUUGAUCUGAACAUGGUUGAUCUAUUUGGAGGCUCGAAUUUCGAUUCAUUGCUCGAUGUGAUUGGGCAGCAAUAUCCCAACUUCUAG